AUGGCUUCUCUCAUGAGCGAUACAGCGGCUCACUCAGAUGCACUUGGCUACUCAUUCUCAAAGUCAAUUCCAAACCCUACCUCUCACUCAUCCGGUCCAAGACAGCAUGCCUUCUAUCCCUACACCGACAACGGCGGAUCUACCCUUGGCAUAACAGGCUCAACCUUCGCCAUCCUCGCCGGCGACACUCGCUCCACCUCCGGCUACAACAUCAAUACCCGACACGCACCAAAAGUCUUUCGCAUAGGAGCCGAUGACCCAUCCUCGCGCAUCGUCCUGUCCGUAGUAGGCUUCGCCGCCGACGGCAACGCCCUGAAAGAACGCCUCGACACAAUCGUGAAGAUGUACCGAUACCAGCACGGCAAGGCGAUGUCUGUGAAAGCGUGCGCGCAGAGGCUGAGCACGAUUCUCUAUUCGAAGCGUUUCUUCCCGUACUACGUGCAUGCGAUUUUGGGGGGCAUGGACGAGGAUGGCAAAGGGGCGCUGUACUCGUACGAUCCUGUGGGGAGCUAUGAGCGGGAGCAGUGCAGGGCGGCGGGCGCGGCGGCGAGCCUUAUCAUGCCGUUCUUGGACAAUCAGGUCAAUUACAAGAAUCAGCAUGUACCGGGAAGCGGGGAGGGCCAUGCGCUGCAGCAACGUCAAUUGACGGAUUUGAGUCAGGAUACGGUGCAAGGGCUGGUUAGGGAUGCUUUUACGAGCGCGGUGGAGAGACACAUUGAGGUUGGUGAUGGGCUGCAGAUGAUGAUCAUUACCAAGGAGGGUGUUCAGGAGAUAUUUGAGCCGUUAAAGAGGGAUUGA